AAUGACGGUAUCUACAGUUCAGAAGACUUACAGUUAAAAGAGUGCAUUUACUAGCGCUUCUGUACAAGAUCAGAUUAUUUGCUCGUCAUGUCAAAUACUUCAUAUCAGUGCAUUUUGUUUUUUCAUCAGGGGUUUACAGCCGACACUGCAUGAGAGCUGUUUUGGUUCCACACAUACAAGAAUGAUGUCUGGUUGAUCAAUUGGAUGAACGAUUGCAUUAACGUGAGAAAAAAAUUGACUCUGGAUUCCACUUUUAAUGGAAGGAUACUGUUACAGAUUAACACUGAAGAAAUAAUGGGUUGCAGUCAGCAGAGGAACAUCAUUAUGCGGUUGAAGCCAAGAAAAUUAGAUAGAUAGAUACUUAAUAAGAGAAAAGACCAUCAAUAAAAGCUGGAACUGAAUAGAUAGUUUUAUGCCUUCUUUAAUGUUUUGAACAUUAAACAGAUUUUAUUCUGCUUUCUUUAUCCUCCACCAAUUUGAUUUCUGCCUGUUCCUUCACAUCUUAUAUGUAUUUACAUCAAGAGGACUAAUCAUGCCAGAAAAUGUGAGCUCCAGAAUGGACACUCCCACUAACAUCUCCCUGGUGGGACCUGGGGACGCUGUGUCCGAGUCCCUGGAGUAUAAGACCGUAUCUGUGUUCCUUGUGCUGCUGGUGUGUGGCGUGGGAAUAGUGGGAAACAUCAUGGUCGUGCUGGUGGUUCUUACCACACGCCACAUGCGUACACCCACCAACUGCUAUCUGGUGAGCCUGGCAGUGGCGGACCUGAUGGUUCUGGUGGCUGCGGGUCUGCCGAACAUCUCUGAGAGCCUGAUGGCCACCUGGGUGUAUGGGCAUGCUGGGUGCCUGGGCAUCACCUACUUCCAGUACCUUGGCAUUAACGCGUCCUCCUGUUCAAUCACAGCUUUUACUGUGGAGAGAUACAUCGCGAUAUGUCACCCAAUGAGGGCACAAACCGUCUGUACGGUUUCCCGAGCCAAACGCAUCAUUGCCGGGGUGUGGGUUUUCACCUGUGUCUACUGUAUGCUCUGGCUUUUCCUGGUGGACAUCCAGGUGAACCCUGACGGUCGUGUUCAGUGUGGCUACCGUGUCUCUCGAGACCUCUAUCUGCCCAUUUACCUUAUCGACUUCGCCAUCUUCUACGUUAUCCCGCUGCUUCUGGCCAUUGCUCUUUACGGUCUCAUCGCCCGAAUCCUUUACCUGAAUCCUCUGCCCCACCCACCAGACUCGGGCACCAUAACCGCCCCCACUCUCAGGAGGAGCUGCAAAGAACCGGCGGACGCUGGAAAAGGAGGUCGCCAGGGACGGCCAAAGAGCGCGCUUUCUUCCCGGAAACAGGUCACUAAGAUGCUGGCAGUGGUGGUUGUGCUCUUCGCCCUGCUGUGGAUGCCAUACAGGACCCUGGUUCUCAUUAACUCCUUUGUGAGCACGCCAUACCUGGACGCCUGGUUCCUGCUCUUCUGCAGGACCUGCAUUUACGCCAACAGUGCAAUCAACCCCGUCGUUUACAACCUGAUGUCCCAGAAGUUUCGCUCGGCCUUCCGUGGGCUGUACCGCUGCCAUAGGGAAGACUUGCACCAGCGGACACUCUCCAUGCUCCAGAGCGGAUACAGCCUAGGAAGAGACCCCCGAAUUUGCAGCAACACCAACGGCACCAGAGACACACCUAAGAAAAUCGGUUCAGUCACUCCUGAGCAGAAACAAAACAAAGGCGUGGAGAACAAGAUAAAUAUGGACAAGCUGAUUAGCGAUGGCGUAAAAAAUGAGAUUGAUCCAAGCAUCAACAAAAAUGCAGUUGAAAACUGCAACAUAGAGGAAUUGAAAACCUCAGUAGACAAGGAGAUGCCUACAGUAGAGAACGUGGACAUGAGCAAGAUUAAUGAUAAUGGGAAAAUAAUGGAGGAAAGCGCUAAUACUACUCAGGAUAUUAUCGCUGACAUGAGCAACACAGAGCAGACACAGCUAGCCUGCGGUGAAUUCAAAUCCACUCUGGGGGAAGCUAGACAGAAUGACACAGAGCUAAAUCACAGCAUUGUAUAGAUCAGUAUACUAUAUAUAAAACUAUAUCUUCAAAUUGGGACCUUGAUUGUAUGUACUAACAGGCGUCAUUCUCUCUCUCCAGUGGAGGUGGCAAGACUGUAGCCACUCACUCCUCAUAAUUUACAAGUGAAAACAUUUGGCUGUCAGCACCAGCAUCACAUGCCUCCUACUGCUAAAGCUCCAGCUAGGGCUACUUGAUAUAUAAAAAAAAUCAUAUUGUGAUUAUUUUGACAAAACAUUUAACUUAUUUUGAUCUCAUAUUGCUGCUUCUUAGAAAUGUAGAUAUAGAAUUACAUAGAAACAGCACUCAUCAAAAAUAAAAGGCUGGAAUGUGCUACACGACUUUUAAAAUCUGAACAGAUUUUUAAACAUUAUGCAUUAUACACUUGCCGUCUUUGUAAAUGGUUACAGUGGAAAACCUGACCGUCAAACACUAAACAACUGAGGAUCACACACUACCAGACUUGUGGAAACAUGCACUCACUCAUGCACUCAUUGCUACUCAUUGCUAGGAGACACGUGACAGAUGAAAACAAAAUGUGCUUUAUCUUCCAAUGGACUGGAUAGAAUCAUAAUCUGAAGCUAAAAAAAAUCAGAGCCUGAGUCUAUCAUAUACUAAGUGAUUUUAUGUGAAAUCUGGGAUAUCAAACUGCCCAAUUUUCUGCAGACUGGCUAUGACUUUCAGCAAGUUUUAACUCUGCCAGACUGCAAAUCAGAGCAAAAAAUAUGGGCAAAAGUUGUGUAGUGUAUUCCAGAAUUGAACUGUUGCUCCUAGAAAGCAGUAAAAUGCAAAUUAAAAUUGGGAAUUUUGAUUAAAGGGAUAGUUUACUCAAUAAUGAAAAUUAUUUACUCACCCGCAUGUUGUUCCAAACCAUGUUCUUUCUUCUGUGGAACACAAAAGAAGAUAUUUUGAAGAAUGUUUUAU